GCAGUCAGAUUCUUCGAAUUUGAUAUUUGGGAAACUUGCAAUCCGAUUCUGUGAUCAGUGUUUUGCCUUCGAUUCGGUUUUCAUAAAUGGAGUUUGUUGUUGAAGAAGGAAAGCUAGUGAAUGAAGAUUGCUCGACUUUAGUUCUCCCUGCAUUGUCAAUUGGGAAUGUGGGGCAGCUCGCGGUUGAUCUUCUAGUGUCAUCUACUGGUGCAGAGAGAGUUGGUUAUCUCGAUGAUCCAAAUCUGCUUCCUUGUGUUGGAAAUGACGCUUAUGGCCCUCUUCCUUGUGGCGAUAUCGCCCUUCCUCUUGAGGUUUAUGAGUCAUCUUCAAUUGCUACUACUCUUGCUCAGCAACGGUCUCCAGUUGCAAAGGGAAUGAUGAUUAAAUUUGCGGAGAAUAUAGCCGAUUUUGCUGCCUCAAGUGGAAAGAAGCACGUUAUUGUGUUAUCGAGUUUAGACUUCCAAAGGCUGCAUAACUUGGAUUUGUCGAGAGGCCCACAGGUGUAUUAUCUGUCUAACGCCGAAUCUGAUGGAAGAGAUGAUCACUGUGAAAGGCUUGGAUUUGGAAGAUUGCGCGAGUAUGAUUCAGAAGGAAGAUGUUGGAAGUACCUUAGCUCUGUCUUUGAGAAGAACAGUGAAGAAGAGCUGACUUUCCCUUCAGAAGAUGAACUUGAAGACAUAGACUACUAUCCAAGCUUGCCAUUUGCAGCUCUGUUCUCAGCUUUUAAGGCAAGAGGCUUGAAGGUGACAUGCCUGCUAUGUUACUGUUCUGAAGGAGACAACAUUCCUGAAGCAUUUCUUCUAGCCGAGGCUGCAUCUAAGCUUACGGGUCUGACUCCUGACAAGUUCCACGGGGAAGAAGGUGGGAAAUGGCGGAUACCGUAUUCAUGGAAGAGUAUGUAUGGAGCUCCUCCAGAUAUGUCCAUGUUUUAAGACUGUUGUUGAGCUCACAGAGUCAGACACCGAGGUUGUUGUAGUAGUAAAAUUAUGAUCCAAUGAGAAGUUUAUGAACAUUUGAGAUGGUUUAAUUGGAUAGAGACGCCUCUUUUUUUCUCAGUUUUUCAUCAUCAAAUCUGUUACUGUAUAACAAAACAUAACAAGUAGA